CUUGGGGGGUGGUCCGGCUCAGCCCUCUCCCCACAAGCCCUAGCCGGGAAGGGCGGGGGGAGACAGAGAGAAAGGAAAGAGAUCUUUCCUGAGCGUGUGCAGUCGAAGCCAGGAAUGUGCUUCACGCCGGAUUUGAGACCCGAACCGUCUCCCUUGCAUUCCAGAAUACCGGGAUGGACUCCGCCAGUCUCCCCAGCAUGGCGGCGACGGCGGUGAUGGUUUGGACUGGGAACUGAGGAUCGCCCGCAUUGCUGAGGAUCGCCAGGAGAGGCAACGCGCGCGAGCACGAUCUGGAAGGGACGGGUGCCGGAGACCACAUCAACAUGCCCGAGGGAGCCCGCAGGGGUAGCACCAAGAAAGGCGGCAAGGCAGCAGCACCCAGGCCUUCCUCUGUCUCCUCGCUGAGUGGGAUUGGCUCCAACAUGGCCUCCGACCCCAUUUUGGGGAGCUGCACCUCCAUGAACACCGUGUGUUCGGACAGCGACCGCCCCGUCAGCCUCAGCUCCUCGGCCUCGUCCGCCUCCUUGCAGGACAGCCAGAGCGCCUUCGGCAGCAACAGCGGGCUGGGGGGCUGCCCCCCACCUUACCCACACCAGAAUGGCAGCGACAUCAGCCUGGAUCUCACGCCGGUGGCGCUUCUGGACGGGGCAGGGGAAGGCCAGGCCAGUUCCAAGCAGCACUACGGCUGGUCACCGAGUCCAGGGAGAGCCAAAGAACGUCGGGGGAAACUCUCUCAUCUGGACCGGGUAGUGCUGGAGAUUGUGGAAACAGAACAGUCCUAUGUGAGGGACCUCAGGAGCAUCGUGGAGGAUUACCUUGGGUGCAUCAUUGACUGUGGGCAGCUGCCGCUCAAACCAGAACAAGUCAGCACCUUGUUUUGCAACAUAGAAGACAUUUACGAGUUUAACAGCGAACUGCUGGAAGACAUGGAGCGCAACCCCAGUGCCGAUGCUGUUGCCGAGUGCUUUGUUCAAAGGAGUGAAGAGUUUGAUAUCUACACCUUGUACUGCAUGAACUAUCCCAACUCUGUCUCGGUGCUGCGGGAAUGCAUGGAGAACGAAUCCCUGGCCAAGUUCUUCCGUGAAAGACAAGCCACACUGUCUCACUUGCUGCCCCUGGAGACAUACCUCCUGAAGCCUGUCCAACGGAUCCUCAAGUACCAUCUGCUGCUGCAGGAGCUAGCAAAACAUUAUGACAAGAGCAGUCCUGGCUAUGAAGCGGUGGAAGAAGCGAGCAUCACCAUGACGGCCGUGGCCUGGUAUAUCAACGACAUGAAGCGCAAGCAGGAACACGCCACCCGGCUGCAGGAGAUCCAAGGGCUGCUGGUAGGCUGGACAGGGCCGGAGCUGGGGGCUUUUGGGGAGCUGAUCCUAGAGGGGCAGUUCCGGGUGCCCCGUGCACGCAAAGAGAGGGUCUUCUUCCUUCUCAGCAAGGUGAUCCUGAUUGCCAAGAGGCGCGGUGAAGCCUUCAUCUACAAGAGCCACAUCUUUUGCUGCAACCUGGCCCUGCAAGAGAACACCAAGGACCCAAUGAGCUUCAGAAUUUCCGACCUUUCCAUCCCCAAGCAACAGCACGUGGUCCAGGUGAGGAACCAGGAAGAGAAACGACUGUGGAUCCAUUACCUGAAGCGGUUAAUAGUGGAGAAUCACCCAGCAUCCAUUCCUCAGAAGGCUAAGCAAGUCUUGUUGGAGAACAGCUUCCAGGGCUCCCCAGAGGUCUUCUGUAGUCCAGACUCCCCAAAGAAGUCCCUGCCUUCCCCGCGGCUGGAUGAGUCCGUGGCGUGCGCUCGAAGCAGGCGGCAGUCAGACCCUCCGGAGUACAUGUAUAGCCCCGAAAGAGCCCGGCGAAGCUGCCCAAUCUUACUGCUGGAGAAGAGUGGUUCCUAUCGCCGUGGCCGCAGGCAAUCUGAGCCAACCGAAGAGUCUCAGGUCCUGUUUCAUCAGGCGAAUGUGACCAAAUUAAAGCACGCUGACAGCGAUGGAGACCUGUUCCCAGCCUGCACACUGGCCUGCAGCAGGGCGGAGACAGACGCCGUAGAAUCCGACCAGGACGAAGGGGAGGCGGACUUCUCUCUGGCCGAAGAGCCCAUCCCGACCAAUUUGUCCAUCACAGAGGAGAUCCUGGAAUUGCUGAGCCAGCGGGGCCUGGACAAGGAUGCUGGAAGGGAAGGGGCAUUUUUGGGAGAUGGGAGCCUGGAAGCGAGCAGCUUGGCCCCACAGGAUCCGCCCCAGCAAAACAAUCCCUUGGAAGGUCUGGAGGAGAAAGCGGAAGAUGCGGAGGAGGGAGGGCGUGAGUCCCAGGAGGAGGUGCCCUUCGAUGCCCCCCGUGUCCCACCCCAGAGAGACUCCAUCCAGGAGCAGCCGCCUCCAGAGCUUGGCCAUCCCUUCGCCAGUGACUCUUCAGAAGGAGAGCAGCAGGAAGCAGAGUCGACCGGCCCAUCUCCUCUCCAUGUCUUGGAGGACCUGGCCUUGGAAGAAGUCUGUGGAAAGCUGGAAGAGACCGGCGAUGCCGCCGGUGUGUGGCAGGAGGCAACAAAGAAGGAAAGCCCAUCCCCUGAGGGUCCUGACCAGUCAAACCAGCCAGUGCCACGCCUCCGAAGCGCCUUGGUUGGCAUGAGCCGAGAUGAGAAGAGGGCCGAGACGGAGGGCGGAGCCAAACGGGACUCCACAUUGACCAAGGACGAUUGGCUGCUGAUUGAGAAGAUCAAGAGCUACUACGAAGGGGUGGAGGCUGUGAAUAAGGUGCCAGGGCUGGAGGACAAGAAGGAGAGCACCCCUCCCGUGCCGGCCGGCGUGGUACGAGAGUCCAUCCUUCGAUUCAACAGCAUCUCGAAGCAGAAUGAUGCUCAGGAUUGGGAAGUGGGUGGUGGCAAGCUCAGAAAGCUCCGCCCACAGUCUGGCACCAGCUGCCACGGAAAUUCUAGCAGGAACCGGAGCCAGUCGUGUAACACCCAACUGCCUUCCUGCCCCGCGGGUUCUGAGGAGGAGCGGAGUCAGCUGCCCAUUGGCUUGGAACAUUCCAAGAGGGGGAGGAGCUGUUCUGAUGGUGGCCAAUCGCCCAGUGGCUCUGAGCAUUCCAGUAGCGGUGAAACCCAGUCAUCCCAUGCCUGCUGCAAGGAUUCUGAUAAGGGGUGGAGCCAAUCUGGUGGCAUCCAGUCAAAUGCCACCCAAAGCGUUUCUGGGAGAGAGAGAAGCCAUCAAGGGGAUAGAAGUGGGUGUGGCUUAGAGGAGGAGGAGGAGCCUACAGAGUCUGAGUUCAAAUCCUGUGCUGAGAUCCGGAGGGCUUGGCAGGAGAAGGAACGGAGCACCAUGGACACCCCGAGGAAAGGGAGUAAGGGGAUGGGGAGGGGACGGUACUCCUCCCCCGAGCCGCCAGUGUACGCUGAACCUCUGCGUAUCGUGGAGGAUUCAGACCUGGAGGAACCUCUUUUGGUUCCAAGCAAAGAACCAGAGGAAGUUGCUCACAGUUCAGGAGCAAAGGAAAGGCAGGCGAUUGGGGUUGCUGAUGGGCCUCCUGGCUAUCUCCCUUCACUGGACCUUUACGAGAACCCCGGGGACCCGUGUCUCCUGGAGAAUUCGGAGCGGAUCAUCAGCAAAGUGCAAGCCCUGGCUAAGAUGUACAGCGAGAAGAUUAGCAGGCUGAAAGCACAGAAGAGGAGGUUGGAGGGGCCAGGAAUGCGGCCCCGGGGGCCCCAUCGGAGGAGCCCUGGCAAGAGCCUGGUUGGGGUUCAGGAGGGGAGCCAAGGAGCCACCACCUCCCACUAUGAGCCGCAAAUCUACGGCCACGUCUUCAUUCGUGAGCCCCUCCAGCAUGUGGCCGCUGUCCAGGAGAACAUGCCUCUUGUUGCUGCCACUCGGGGGACUGCCCUUGAGCUGCACGCAGAGGGUCCCCGUCAGCUUCUUCCUCCAGAACUCCUGGGUCCCCUGAGGCAGGAAUUGCUGUGCCCCCAACCCUCGCCUGGCUUGUCAGGAGCUUCCCCACCCAGUGGCAGCGAGGGGGUUCCAGAAGCUGACCAAGGCAGAAACGGACCAGGAAGCCCUGAAUGUUCCCGGUUACCUGAGCAAGCUGUGGAUCCAUCGGUGACAGCAACUCCUGCCCAAGAGUGUGAUUUGGAGGAUCCUUCCCAACUCCCCAAAUUCACAACCAAGACUACACUUGGAGCUGCAAACGCAGAGGAAAUAGGGUCUGCAUGCAUGCUGGGCAGGGAGACACGGGAGGCGACACAGGCGUCUUCUGGGCCGAGGACCCAGCCGGAGGUUGCCGUGGAAAGAGGGGAGCCGAGCUUCUCCCAAAAUUCCCAGCAGAGCCUCAGGGACCUGGAGGCUGGAAACUCUUCCGUCGUCCCCGGCUCAACAGAGGAACCAAAGCCCACGUUACCCAGUUCUUUAGCUACUCACACGGCACAGAAUGGGCCUCCCUCCCUUGCAAGCACUGGUCGGCAGCAGCUAGCAGCCAGUGUUUCAAAGAGAAAAGAUUCAACCCCUUUCCUGGAGAACAAUCAAGUCGAGAAGGUCGAGAAGGUGCCGGGGUUGAGCAACGAAUCCUCCAAAGCACUGCCUGCGGUUCGCAGCUGGGUGACCCCAGAUCCUGCCCCCACCCCGGACCGUUCAGUGGUCAUGAUCCCCCUCCCGCUUGCUUCCUCUGGGAGUGGGGAGGCCUUGUUGCCUAGCAGCCUCUCAACCCCAUCACCCUGCGGCAUGGGGGGCCCUGCCUGGGAAUCCCCUCCCUCAACCCGUCCUGAUUUCCAGAUGGCGGCGGAGUCUCCAGUCUCUGUCCGAGAGCAGCGCCCACCGGCACCCCUUCCAAAGCUGCUUCCCACUUCGCCGGUCCGCAGGUGCCUCUCCUCCAGCGCCGCGGCCAUUUCCAGAUACAUCGCGGCCUCCUGCAUCAGUCAGAGCUUGGCCAAGAAAACUGGUGGAGCUCAGGACGAGGAGCUGCAGGCGCCUUUCAGGCCUCCUGCCUCGGCCCUCCCAAGACCCCCGGCGAACCCUUUAGCUCUGCUCCCCAGAGGGGCACCCAAGGCCCACGGCGGUGUGGGGAAACCCGAGGCCUUGCUGCCAAGAGAUGCUUCCCAGGCUGCUUCCGUUUCCCACGGCUUCGCCUCUGGGCCUCUCUCACCUUCCUGCCGUCGGGCCUUGUCAGCUGCAUCACAGGCCUUUGAGCGCUGUGUCCCCUUCUCUUCUGCCUCAGAGCCCAACUCCAGAGCGCAGUCCCCGUCCCCUGUGAAGCCCAGGCUCUGUUCCCCACCUCCAGCCGGGCCCCGAGCGUGCACCUUCACCCCCUUAUGUGCCCACCCUCCUGGGCAGCUGCCUGCCUUCAUUGCAUCCCCAGUGCCACUGACGCCAAACUCUGCCAUGGGGCCAACCGCUUUACCUCAGUUUGCCCAUCUGAGGCCCCGCGGCAACAGCCUACCCGACAGCGGGCUGACAGAGAGCCUGGCCACAAAUGGGGACCAGGUGUCGCUAGGGUGUGCCAAGGGGGCUCACCACAACAACCCUGGUCCACCCCCCCGGGGCUACCCUGGCUCUCAUGAACUCGGCAGCAUCAAAUGGCCGCAUGUGCCGGGCCUGUGUUCAAAGUAUGUGAGCAGAGAAUGUAGGUCGAGCCCCCAGAGGAGGCAGCCCGAGGGGGAGGACUGCCCCAAAUGGGACUCUCCCAUCACCAUGGACGCAGCCCAGUCCGCAGAGAAGUGCCAACAGAGGGCCAGUUAUUCCACCACCGUGAAUCUCCAGAUUGGUGGCAGCGGCAGAAUCGCCUCCUUUAGCAAUGUCCAGGUCAGUCUGACCCAUCCCCUCCUGGCCGCCCCAGAGCAGUCAAGUGGCAGGAAGGUCAACGGCAGUGCCUUAGAGAGGCCACACAAAACGUGAACUUCAAGUGACCACAGCUCCAGGCACCUGCAGGGCGCACUCCCAGAUCCUGCCCAGGCCGGGACCAGCCCUAACACUGCACCCAGAGAGGGGUGGCAAGGCAGGAAGGGUGGUAGAGCUGUCAAUAAGAGGAAUUGUGGCAGUGCAUUCAAGAGGUUGGUAAUGCAAAGCAACUCCGUUUUGAGGCUGGGGAGAGGUGGGUGAGACGAGGGAGCACCUCCUUGCACCUAACCUGCUGUGAUGGGAGAGGGGAGCAGCUCUCCUUCACUCCCUUCCUGUGCAGCAACCCCUGGUCUCGCUCUGUUGAGAGUGAAUAAUUAGUCCGGGUUUGAGUCAAUUUUCAGUUAAGUGCAGGUAGCAGCAGGGGAAGUGUCUUGGGCGCAGGAGGGAUCUUCACCAAAACAAUCAGAGAUGUUGUUGGGGUUGUCCUCUCUCUCUCUCUCUCUCUCUCUCUCUCUCUCCUUCUUCUCCUUCUUCUUCUUCUUCUUCUCAAUAGUUUUCUUUCCCUUCCCCUUCCUCCGGAAUCUGAACAGGUUCUGGUUUUUUAAGUAUAUUUUAGAUGAGUGAGUCAGGAAGGCAAAAGGCAACUUUGUUAAGGUUUGCUUCUAAAUAUACACAGGGACGGUGUUCUCAAGGAAUGUCGCAGUCCAAAGAGGUACCCUUCAGAACAGCCUUCCUGAACCUUCUGCCCUCCAGAGGUUUUGGACUAGAGCUCCCAUCAGCCCCAGCCAGCCCAGGGAAAGCUGCCCACGGCUGCAUACGCCCUGUACCUUUAAAGCACAUUCCCAGCCCAUUUCCCUUUCCCCCCCCCAGAAUCCUGGGAACUGUGGUUUACCUCUCACAGAGCUACAAUUCCCAGCACUCUUAACAAGCUGCAGUUCCCAGGAUUCUUUGAGGAGGAGGUGCUUUGCAUGUGCUUUUGAGGGGACUUCCUUCCAUUGCAAGAACUGUCUGUUUACCCCGGCUGUCUGAUGCUCGUUCUUCAAAUCUUGCCACUCCAUAAGAUGGCUUACCCUCCUCUCUCAUCAUGACCACAUUUACUUAAGAGGAACUUUGCCCGGUGCUUUUUGGAAGUCCAUGUGUACAGUGUCUUCCACUUUGCUCCUAUCCAUAUACUUGUUGACACUCUCAAAGAACUCCAAGAAACUGGUGAAGGAAGGUGUUUCCCUUGUAGAAGCCAUGCUGAUCCUUCCUUUUUCUUCUAUGUCCUUAGCAAUGGUACCCUUAAUAAAAGUUUCCACCAAUAUACCUAAGGCACAUGUUAUAAUAUCCUGGCUCUCCCUCCCUCCCCCCCCCGCCCACCAAUAUAUUUUGAAAAAAACAGCAUUGCGUUGAUUAUUUUCCCACCCUCCAUCAAGGAGGUGAAUUUCUGUGACACGUUUUCAGCAGCCAAUUUUAGUGAUAUUUUUUUAGAUCAGCAUUUUCACAUUUGAGUUCUUCAAGAACUGUCAGGUAUAUUCCAUGACUUGUUAUUUUUAAAUUUCUCAGACUUAGAACAUCUCUUGCCACAUCUACCUGACUUAUUUCUUCAGACAUUCUCCCCCCCCCCCAAAAAAAGAAAAUUUGGCUCUUGUGUGGAUAGCUGUCCAGAAUCUUCCAUCAACUGUAAAAGCCAAUGCAAGUCAUUCAUUCUGUUCUCUGCAGUCUCUCUGUGGUGGUGUUUUUUUUAAGUGCACCUUUUGCUCCUUUGUCAUCUAAUGGUCCAUUCAUCUCCCUGGCCAUUUUCUGGCUUCUGAUGUAUUUAAAUAAAUGUUUACUGUUGACCAUAACAGUUUCAGCAAUAUGCUCCUCAGAUUCUUCUCCCACCCCCGCCUCUCCAUCUUAUCAUCAGUUGACAUUGCUUGUGCUCAGUUUUACUCCUAUUCGGCCAAGACUUCAUGUCUUUUAUAGCUUCUUUGACUCUGCUUGUUAACCGCGCUGGCAUCCUCUGGGACUUGUUCAUUUCUUUCUAGCUGAGCUUUUAUUAUUGUGGUUUUAAAUACUCUCCAAGAAUCUGCAGAGAGUUGACUUUCUUGACUUUCCCUUCCAACGAGUCCCCUGAUUUUUGAGAAAUUUCCCCUUUUGAAAAACCUUUCAGUUGUUUCCUCAUUUGAAAGAACUGCAAGUUUACCGUGUUUCUUUUGUAAACAAUUGGCAAUGAAAUUCCCAGUCUCUUGAACGUGAACAUAUAUUUUUUUGUUCUCUUUUGCUGUAAUCUGUAUCAUCUGGCUCGGUCGUGUAGGGCAGCCAAGCAAACAUUCCAGUGUCUGAAUCACUCUUGAUGUUCUCCUUCUCAGUUGCAGAAAUAGCGAUGGGGCCAUUUCCAGGACUAAAGGAGAGUCUUCAUGCCAGAGGCAGCCUUGAACUCUAGGUCCAUCUACUCCAGCCCCAACCCAGCUAACGUUCAUUGUGGCAAAAGACCGCCCUUUCGCAACCUGAAGUUUUGGACUGUGACUCUACAGUCUGGACAGCUACAGUGGUGGCUGGCGGUCUGGUAGGGAGGAAGACCAGCAGUAGGGUGGAGCCACAGCCAAUGGAGAGCAGAGCCAACCCCCUGACUGGUUGCAAGUCAGAAGGCAGUCAAGUGGGGACUCGCUGAGGAUGGCCUGAGGUUGGUGGGCAGUGCCCUGUUUGCCUCUACUGCCCAGCCAUCAGAGCAGUCCGAAACAUCUGGAGGCUGCCAGACUGGGGAUGGCUGAGCUAGACAUGAGGAGGGAAAUAUGUGGCUCCUGACAGUGUUUCCCCUGGAAUGUGCGGAUGGGAAGGAGCUGGGAAGGUCUUAAUCUGACCUUUUACCAAUGCCCUUGGAGAGCAGGGGGUGCCUUAUGGUGGCGGCUGGUGGCUCCAUGUCGGUGAAGCAGUGGAAUCCGCUCCGGGUUUU